CAAACAUUCAAUUAUCACAAAGUUGUUGAAGGUAAAAACAAUGAAAAAUCCCUAUUUUUCCUUGAAUAAUAUACAAGUAAAUUGUUCAAGAGUUUAUUCUAGCCUGCUCAUCACCUCGAAAAGAACCCUAACGCGAAAAGUGAUAUGAUAUACAUACAUUGUUCAUCUCUUUGAUAUAUACAUGUUUUGUAAAUUUAUUCAAGAUGCAAUCGAUCAUCAAAAUCAUUAAAGUGCGCUAGAAUUCAUGAUCAAGACCCUGAUGUGCAAUGCUGCAUUCUCCUGUUUAUGUUUUUGAAGGCCACAUCUUAGAUAAGACAGGACAUCAAAGAGCUGAUAGGCUUGAACAUUUGAAUAAGAGAGAAAGAUGCAUGUGAGAUUAUGUUGGAAAUUAUAUGACAAUGCUCAAAUUUCCAUGGGCAUAUUUGGCGGCGUCCAUGAAUCAACGAGAUCAAAAGGUAGAAGCAGAAGAGAAGGAGGAGAGUGGGACAAUUAAACCAGCCGCACAAAGCUUUGUGACAUGUAUACACCUAGCCAAAAUUGCAGACUUGUUCCGUACCAUUACGGUCACAUGGUCAAAAACAUUGAUCAAUCAUACACUAUUCAUCAUUGUCGAAAACCCUUCUGAAGACAACCACUACACAUGCAAGAUUGACCUAAAAACGUGGCAAUUUUGGGGCAAAAAGGGACUAAAGUCCUUCAAGGUAGAUGAAGUACGUGUCGAUGUUUAUUGGGACUUAAGGGCCGCUAAGUUCUCAAGCAGUCCUGAACCUGUCUCUGAUUACUAUGUCGCAUUGUCCUCUCGAGGAGAGGUGGUGAUAUUGUUAGGUGACCAAAAGAAUGAAGCCUUCAAAAGAAGCAAAUCAAGGCCUUCUUUAGUUGACGCAACUUUGGUGCACAAGAAGGAGAGCGUGUAUGCAAAGAGAUGCUUUUGCACUAGAACAAUGUUGGGGAAGGGGAAAAGGGAGCAUAACAUUAUCAUAGAGACAAACCUCUCGGGGGGUGAUCCCGAAAUGUGGAUUACUGUGGAUGGGAUGGAUUCAAUUCGUGUGGUGAAUUUGAACUGGAGAUUUCGGGGGAAUGAGAUAGUGAUGGUUGAUGAUGUGCCUGUAGAUGUUUUCUGGGAUGUUCAUGAUUGGGUGUUCAGCGAUGACACCAUUAGUGCAGCUGGACCAGGUAUUUUCAUCUUUAAACAAGGUAAUACUGCUGACCAGAAUGAAGUAGAAGAAGCCAAUAGUCACUCAAAUGGUCAAAUAGUGUGUGAUAAAAAAGAUUGUGACGAUUCACAAACCACGAUAUCUGAAUUCUGCCAUGUUUUUUAUGCUUGGAAAACUGAAUGACUGCAUAUUUGUCCCUCAUUUGUUUUUCUUCUCAUUUUUGGAUGACCUUUUCUCAUGAUAAUCAUAAGAAAUAUGUGGCCUUUGUUCACACUUUUCACAUUAUAAAUGAAGGCUCAAUGUA